UGCAAAAUGGCUCCGAAGUCGAAAGGACAGCGUGUGGAGCUGAAACAAGAAGAUGUCUUACAAGCGGUCAUUAUUGCAGAUAGCUUCGAUUUGGGAUUUUCACCAAUAUCGAAGAAAAAGCCAAGGACACUACUGCCAGUAGCCAAUGUGCCGAUGCUGGAGUAUACACUGGAGUUACUUUGUGCUGCUGAAGUACAAGAAAUAUUCAUAUUUUGCUGUCAUCUCGGUGAACAGAUUCGGUCUCAUAUCAGAAACUCCAAGUGGAGUGACACCAGCUCUCCUUGCUCUGUGUCCACCGUGCUUUCUGAGGGCUGUCUGUCCAUGGGAGAGGCUCUCCGAGAAAUAGAUGCCAAGUCCAUCAUCCGCAGUGACUUUAUACUCGUGUUUGGGGAUGUGGUUGCUAAUGUCAAACUACAAGACAUUGUAGAACAGCACAAGAAGAGGAGACGGAAGGACAAAAAUACUGUGAUGACUAUGGUGAUGAAGAAGGCACCACCGACCCAUUGUACACGUUGUCGCGAAGACGACAUUGUGAUGGCCGUGGAACAGCCAUCCAGCCGCAUCCUUCAUUACCAGAAACUGGCCUAUCAGACAAAAGUUGACAUACCAGUGGAGGUGAUUACAGAGCACAGCGAUGUCAAUCUUCGGUACGAUCUCCUGGACUGUCACAUCAGUAUCUGCUCUCCACAGGUGCCCCAGCUCUUCACUGACAACUUUGACUUCCAGACUCGUGAUGACUUUGUCAAGGGCAUCCUCAUCAGUGAAGAGAUCAUGGGAUAUGCUAUUUAUGUGAAUGUAAUUCGUGAAGAGUAUGCAGCUAGAAUCUCCAAUCUUAUAAUGUAUGAUGCAGUUAGUCAAGACAUUAUGAGUAGGUGGACCUACCCUCUAGUCCCUGACCACACGAACAGUACAGAGUCCACAGUGUCAUACGGCCGACAUAACAUAUACCUGAGUAAAGACAUAACACUGGCAAGGGGUUGUAAGUUAGAGGAGAAUGUUGUGGUUGGUCGGGGGACAUCUGUCGGUAGUAACACAGUGAUCUCGCACUCUGUCAUAGGCAAGAACUGUAAAAUAGGUGAGAAUGUGAAGAUACGAGGCGCCUACAUUUGGGAUAAUGUAGAGAUCGGGGAUAACUGUGAUAUUGAGAGUUCUAUACUGUGUGACCACGUGAAGGUGUACAGUGGAGUCACGCUUCAGGCAGGAGACGUCCUGUCAUGGGAGGUCAAAGUAGGACCAGAUGUGACCAUCCCUAAGGCCACAGUGCUUCAGUCCUCACCUGAAGAGGACAGUGAUGAUUUUGGUGAUGAAGAUGAGACGUUAGAUAAGAAGGAUACCAUGGUUGAGAGCUGCCCAGACUUCGGGUCCCGUGGUCAAGCCUAUGUUUACAGCCCCCCGACGGAGAGUGAUGAUGAGGAGGAUGAGGCCCAGGUUCACGACGUGUGGGGCCAGGACAACAAGACAGACGAUGAGGACGAACUUAGCAGCAUUGCUACUGACGACCAAUCUGAUUUGUCAUCUGAGGGGUCACUUCCAGACGAUGAAAAGAUGUUCUACAGAGAAGUACUAGACACUUUAGUCAGAGCUAGAGAAGAAAAUAUCAGGACAGAAAAUUUGAUUUUAGAGAUCAAUUCAUUAAAACAUGCAUAUAACAUAGACAUACAUGACCUUCAUGGUAUGGUGGUGAAGGCUGUAGUAGACCUUGGUAUGAAAGAAAAUCCUGACGAAAAAGGCAUCCAACUGCUCACCAACAUUAAAACACAUAUGAAGAGGAAUCUGACAUUAAUAAAGAACUACAUCAAGGGUGCUGAUUCACAGCUGGAUUGUUUACAGAUGUUAGAGGAGUUCAGUAUAAUGGACGAGCAGAUAAGUGGGGUACUGAUGAAGCUAAUACAUUACAUGUACGAGGACAUCGACUUGCUGUCAGAACAGGUGAUCGUACGCUGGCAUAAGUCUAUACCUGACGAGGAAGGUCACCUAGACGUUAAACAACAGAUGCAACCAUUCAUAAAGUGGCUACAGGAGGCUGAGGAAGAAUCGUCGGAGGAGGAUAGCGACUGAAUCAGAUAUUUACUUGACAUUGAAGACAUUGUCUGACAACAUGGCGUUUAGGAGGACAUACUCCAUAAUAGACGUCAAUAAAAAAUAUCUAGUCAACAUGUUUUGAUAUUCAGUUGAACCCUUGUUAGUCUGACUCUUCAAGCAAACGUUUUUAGAAGAACAGUUUUUCUUCAGCAAUGUUACAGGGUGUUACAUUAAUAAUCUGUUACGUCCAGUCUAAUUGUUGGCCUCUUAUUGUCUUGAAAUUAGGCCCUAUUUAAAGUGCUAUAUAUUUACUAUGUUGUAGAAGAUCUCCAAGCCUGUUGUGGAUGAAUGUGAUGUUCUGUAGAUGUCAGAAUUUCAUGUAAAACUAUUAAAAAGCUUCAAAGUGU